AUGGGUAACACGAAGAACUUGAGCCCUCUGGGGUUAUUAUCCUUAGCCACCACCGGUGCCGCGCUAGUGAGCUCCAAAGGCUCGGCCGGAAGGCUGCCCGCUCUGGGCUGGAGCUCCUGGAACGAGUACGGCUGCGACAUCAACGAGACGGUAUUUCUCGAUACCGCGCACCUGCUCAUCGACCUCGGCCUCAAGGACUUGGGCUACGAGUACAUCAACAUCGAUGACUGCUGGAGCGACAAGGAGAAGCGGAGAGAUCCUGUCACGAACGAGAUUGUGGUGGAUGCCGAAAAGUUCCCCAACGGUAUCGACACUCUGGCAGACAGGCUGCACAAUCUGGGAUUAAAGAUUGGCAUCUACAGCAAUGCUGGCACAUCCACCUGCGGCGGUUUCGAGGCUUCGCUCGGCAACGAGGAAACCGAUGCUGCCACUUUUGCCAAGUGGGGGAUUGACUACCUCAAGUACGACAACUGCGCCGUCCCCGAAGAGUGGUACGACGACUGGAAAUACGUCCCCGAGAACUGGUUCGGCGGCGGCGCCAACGAGAACCAAGACGACGGCGAACCCGUCAACUCCAAAACAGACCAACCCGCGCCCUCAGGCUACGACUGGGCCACCUCCAACUCGGCCGAGCGAUUCCGCCGGAUGCGGGACGCGCUAGCGGCGCAGGAGCGCGAGGUGCAGUUCUCGCUCGACUGGGACAUGCUGGAGGUGGGCAACGGCGACCUCACGCUCGAGGAGAGCCGUAGCCAUUUCGCGCUCUGGGCGGCGCUCAAGAGCCCCCUCGUCAUCGGGACGCGGCUCGUGGACAUCAAGCCCGAGAUCUUGGCCAUCCUCGCCAACGAGGAACUUGUUGCGUUUAACCAGGAUCCCACGCACCCGGCCGAGUACUGGUCGGGCGAGUCGGUUAGGGGUACGCACGUGUUUGUGCUCAACACGCUCGAGGUCGCGGCGAAGAAGGAGGUGGCCUUUGGCGAGGUGCCGGGGCUGGAUGCGCGCAGGCGCUACGUGGUGCACGACAUGUGGACGGGCAAAGACCUCGGCUACUUCAAGGGCUCGUUCGAGAUCGACGUCAAGGCCCACGAUACGGCGGCUUUGAGGAUUAACGAGGUGGGCAAGUGCGGUGGGAAGCAUCACUAG